GCUGCUCGGUCACCGCGUGUCCUGGCGUGUAUUCUCUGCCAACAGCGAAAGGUCAAAUGUAAUCGCAAGUUCCCCUGCACAAACUGUGUCAAGUCGAAGGCGCAGUGUGUACCAGCCGAUCAGGUCCCCCGGCGCCGAAAACGCAGAUUUCCAGAGAAGGAGCUGCUUGAUCGACUGCGCCAGUAUGAGACUCUGUUGCGCCAGAAUGAUAUCCAGUUUGAGCCGCUCCACAAAGACCCGACCGGGGAUAAUGAGCCCCCGAAUGCUCGGGUUGGCGCUGCCAUAGCUGACGCGCAACCCGAUAAUGAGGGAGAAACGGACUGGUCGUCUCCCUUCGCUGCAACUGUCCAGGAGGACCGGCGCUACGAGGCCAAGAACUUUUGGAAUAUAAUCAAGCAGACGUCCCCCGAGAGCGACAACAGCGAUUUCUCGUCUGACGAGAUAGAUGAAAAGACCGUGAAAAGCGCCUGGGACCAAGUCUAUGGAAACAAUGACCCUCUGUUUGGUUCCCGGAAGACAGCUGUCGAUUUGUCGGCCCUGCACCCGCAGCCUGCUCAGAUCUUCCGCCUGUGGCAGAUAUAUCUAGACAAUGUAAACCCGCUGCUGAAAGUCACCCAUACUCCCACCCUUCAAGGUCAGAUCAUUGAGGCGAUCAGUAACCAGGGGGAGAUUAAAUCCACACUUGAGACUCUUAUGUUUAGCAUCUAUUGUGUGUCCAUCCUGAGCAUCAGCCCCGAGGAUUGCGAUAUGCUUCUGGGGACGCCCAAACAGGAGCUUCUGAGCAAAUACCAGUUUGCCUGCCAGCAAGCAUUAAUAAACUGCGGAUUUUUACGCUCGGACAAUCGCGACUGUCUGGUUGCAUUUUUCCUCUACCUUGUCUCGAUACGCCCUGCGACUGAUCCUCGCUCUUUGGCAUCCAUGCUGGGAAUUGCGAUGCGUAUGGCGCAUCGCAUGGGCUUACACAGUGAGGCAAGCUGCGCCAGAUACCCUCCCCUUGAGGCGGAGAUGCGCCGAAGGCUUUGGUGGUCUCUGGUUAUAUUUGACAACCGUAUCGGAGAGAUGGUUGAUUACAGAAACACUUCGCUUACCCCCCUCUGGGACUGUAGAAUUCCUCUUAAUGUCAAUGACUUUGACCUCCGACCAGAGAUGAAAGAGAGUCCAGUGGCUCAAGCCCAGUCGACGGAGGCACUUUUUGUUGUCCUUCGAAGUGCAAUGGGAGACUUUGUGCGCCAAUCUCCCUCCCAUCUUGACUUCUCCUGUCCUGCUAUGAAGCCCCUGGCAAGGGGUUCCCAACAGAAUCCUGCAUCGGAUACCGGUGACCUCGGCAGUUUGGAGGCAACGUUGGAGGAUACAUAUCUUCAGUUCUGCAAUCCUGAAAUUCCACUGCAUCUGAUCUCAAUCUGGAUGACGCGCGGAUAUCUCGCAAAAUGCCGCCUUGUUGAGUACUACUCCAGGCAUUCGAGCGGGCCACAGACAGAAGAACAUCGUGACAUGGCCAUUUCACAUGCAAUCCGUACACUGGAGUGUGACAUAAAUAUCAUGUCUUCGCCCCUUACCAAAGGAUACCAAUGGCUACUCCACUUCCACUUCCCUUUCCCAGCAUUCAUUCAUAUUCUUCAUGACUUGAGACGACGUCCUCUAAGCAAAUAUGCGGAGUAUGCCUGGGACAUUAUGAGUGAGGUUUUUGCGAUUCGGGCCAUGGUUCUACGCCUAUCUCCCAACCUCUUCUUCAAAACGUUCAAAAGGCUUGUGCUGCUGGGUUGGGAGGCCCGUGAAACUGCGCUGAUACAACUAGGAAAGUCACCCGUACCGCCGACAAUCGUGACGGCCGUUAUGGAGAAGGCAGCUCAGCAUGCAGCGAAUUCUGACCCUGACACGACGGUCGCUGGUACAAAUAUGGACAAUACUGGGCCUGUGGGAUCAACACCGAUAGACUAUGCUGCCACUAGUUUCCCUGGCGGAGAAGACAUUUGUGCUGGGGUAGAUCCGUGGAUGUCCCUCAGCAUGGCUGAAUUAGCGCCUGGGAAUGUUGAGGGGGACCAGGAAGAUUGGUUUGCGAUGAAUUGG